GCUUCUCCUCCUCCCUCCUCCUCCUCUUUUUGUUUGUUGGUCCCUCGGUCCUAGAGACAGCCAUUUUGCAAGAGAGGCUCUUCGGCCGGAGCAAACCUUUUGUGCGUCUCUGGGUUGCUCUCCCGGCCCCCCGAGCAUCCAGCGGCAAACAUCUGCUAGCAAUUGCUCUCCCGGCAGACGAGCAAACGCCCAGACGUCCCCUUUGUUGCUGGAAUCUAUAUUACGCCAGGGAGGUGGGAAUUCCUUUGCAAAGGCUGUCUUUUAGGAGAGCAGUUUCUGCAACAGAUCUGUCCAUCUGCAAGAGCAUUUUGCUAUAAAAAAAAAGUAGAUGGAUGGGCAGCUCUAGCUCUCCGAAGGUUUUGUUUUCUUAACUAGAACCCCUCCAUCCCGCAUUUUACAGAUGAACACGGAGAGAGUCUUUUGCCUGACGAUUUCCAUAUGAGCAUAAGAGAGUAGUUCACGUUAAAAGGAGGGACAAACCCUUGUGGGUGUUUCAAAAUAUCGUUUAAUCUCACAGUCCUUACAUUAGUAUAUGGAAUAGCGGCAAUCCCCAAGUACAUUCCACUGUAAUGACGACCUCCGUAGGUGGUGAUGGGGAUGUAAGCAAAGUUGUGUACAUGCAAAUAUAGCCAUAGCCCCCCACCUACCCAAUUUGAAGCUUUAUCUUCUAGAGACCCCACUCUCCUCUUCUCCCCCUUACCUUCCCGCAAACAGUUUUUAACCAGGGAAUAGGGACUCAGAAGUAGGAAUUAUUUUGGUAAAUAGAGACAUUCUGGAUUUAUGCUGAAUCAGAUCGUCUCUGCUUCAAAUGGGGUUCCAAAUAGAUCACUGCAACUUCGAAGUGUUUCUCUCUCCAGCCUCCCUCAAAUCUGUACUCUAGGAAGCAUCUAGCUUUCUUCCCUAGAUUCAGGUCAAUUUACAUAAUGCAUUUAUUUUGCUUCCACGUCAAACCUUUAUUUUGAGGCUUUAGGCAUUGAGUGGCAGCUAUUUUUUGUACGAAAGGACAGGUGCCUUGACUCUUCGGAUGAGAAGCCUGUACCUUCUGCCUAGGAAAGCUUCACUUCUGCUCCCAGAUGUACGAAGGCUGGCUGUGGUCCUGUAGUGUGAAAUGGGCGUUCCAGAGGCACUCUUUGUAGCAACCUUUGAAGUGGGUUCCUUAGCUCAGAUUAUGCCCUGGGGAGAGGGGAAAGACUUUCUCUUGCAGGUUCUAUUGUCCAGCCAGUCUCUCUCCUCUGCAAACUCCUCUCCAUGGUUUGCAAACCUUUGUUGCCUUUCCCUCGCUGGGGUCUUAGAGACAGCCAUUUUACAUCCCAGGACUUCAGCCCAUACAAAGGGAAUAGAAUUCUUCCUGUGUAUACAUCUCUGAUUGCCUUUGCAAAUCCCAGGAACUCCACCGGAAAGAGAAUUGUGGAUGGCAGAGGCCUCUCCCAAAAUGGCGGAGGCUGUGGAGGAGGAGGAGCCAGAGGUGGAGGUGAAGCUGGAGGACGAUGAGGAGGACGAGCCCGGCUACAUCCAAUCCGGCCGGCGCUACAAGUGCCUGACGUGCAGCAAGACCUUUCCGAACGCGCCCCGUGUACAGCGCCACCUGAAGUCCCAUGUGGCUGGCGACGGCUUGGCCGGCAAGCUGUCGUGCCCCAGCUGCAGGAAGGAGUUCCCCGACCGCGGGCAGCUCCGCAAGCACCAGCUCAGCCACCAGACGGAGCGCCCCUUCCAGUGCCAGCUGUGCGCCAAGGCCUACAAGACAGCGCCCGAGCUGCGCAACCAUGGGCGCAGCCACAGCGGCGAGAAGCCCUUUGUGUGCCAUGAGUGCGGCAAGGCCUUCAUGCAGCCGGUCUGCCUGCGGGUGCACAUGGCCCGCCACACGGGGGACCUCCCUUUCCGCUGCCAGCAGUGCCACAAGGGCUAUGGCACGCUCUCCAAGCUGAAGAUCCACCAGCGCUCCCACACGGGCGAGAAGCCCUACUCGUGCGGCGAGUGCGGCAAGCGCUUUGCAGAUCCCUCGGUUUUCCGCAAGCACCGCCGCACCCACGCCGGGCUGCGCCCCUACCAGUGCCAGGCGUGCCACAAGACCUACGCCGAGCUCAAGGACCUGAAGAACCACGAGCGCUCGCACACGGGUGAGCGGCCCUUCCUGUGCCAGGACUGCGGCAAGGCCUUCUCACGCUCGUCGUCGCUGGCCUGCCACCAGCGCAUCCACGCGGCCCACAAGCCCUACCGCUGCAACCUGUGCGGCAAGGGCUUCACGCAGCUCUCCUCCUUCCAGAGCCACCAGCGCACGCACUCUGGGGAGAAGCCCUUCCUGUGCCCGCAGUGCGGACGCAUGUUCAGCGACCCCUCCAGCUUCCGGCGGCACCAGCGGGCGCACCAGGGCCUCAAGCCCUACGCCUGCGACAAGUGCGGCAAGGCCUUCCGCCAGCCGGCCGACCUGGCCAUGCACCAGCGCAUCCACACGGGUGAGAGGCCCCACAAGUGCCCCCAGUGCGACAAGAGCUUCGUGGCCUCGUGGGACCUCAAGCGCCACCUGCUGGUGCACUCGGGGCAGCGGCCCCACCAGUGCGGCGAGUGCGGCAAGAGGUUCGCUGAGCGCGCCAGCCUCACCAAGCAUUACCGCGUCCACUCCGGGGAGAGGCCCUUCAAAUGCGGCCGCUGCGGGAAGGCCUUCGUGGUCUCGUCCAGCCUCAGGAAGCACGAGCGCACCCACGGCAACGAGGCCGGCGACAAGCCCGCCCCCCUCGCCAGCCAGGACCUCCUCGCCACAGACCAGACGGCCAUCGUGGUCGCCACGGUGAUGCCUGCUUGCGGGGAGUGCGGUGAGGCCUUUGGCUCCGCUCAGGAGCUGCGGCGCCAUGAGCGGCUGCUCCACCCUUCCCUGCGCCCGUUCCCCUGCCCCGAGUGCGGCAAGGGGUUCUCGGACCGGGCCGGGCUGCGCAAACACGAGCGCAUCCACUCCGGGGUCCGCCCCCAUGCCUGCCCCCAGUGCCCCAAGGCCUUCCUGGGCGCCUCCGACCUGCGCAAGCACCUCAAGACGCACGCGGCCACCGAAAACAGGAGCCCCGACGAGACCGUGGUGACCGCCACCAUCACGACCUACGAGCAGCUGCUCCCCGCCCACAUCCACCCUCAUCACGACGACGACGGGAUGGAGACGGACAAGGAUUCUCCCUCAGACUGUCUUCCAGAGGCUCUCACUGAACCUUCCUAAGUGCAGUCUCUUCUUUCCUGACGUGUGACUGGGCAGCUUGGCUUGCCAGAAUCAUGGCUUCCCCAUACCAUGGUGGCAUGCCUUUAUGAACCCCAUAGUCUGUCCUCCCUUCCCCUUCCUUCCUUCCUUCCUUCCUUCCUUCCUUCCUUCCUUCCUUCCUUCCUUUCCUCCUCCCUCCCUCCUUCCCUCCCCUUCCCCUUCUUUCGCUCCUUCCUCAUAAGGCUGUGUGGUUGGCACUCCUUUGACGCCUCCCCUUUGGAGUACAGCUCUUGCUCCUCCAGCUCUUCUCCUUGUAGAAGCAGACUUGGCUUUGGGCGCUUCGUAAGUCUUGCCUCUUAAGUCGGUGUGGCUUUAGGCUCCCUCGCUAGCCCUGCCCCUUCCCCCAGCAUCAGACAUUUGCCUACCUGGUGGAACAUCAACGACGUGCCUGGGCAGGUCGGGGUGUGUGGAUGAGCUUUUAAAACACGGACACCCCCUCACACACACACCAAUAGGAGUCCAUAUUUUUUGCGUCUGUGCGUGUGCUUCUGCCCCCUGCAGACCCAUCCUGCUAUCGGGUUGUGUGCGCAUCUGUGGCAAUCCAUUGGUUUAUUGACACUGUGUGGGGUUUUUUUGAGGGGGUGGAGUUAAAUUAGGGGAGUGGGUGGGGGGGAGAAUGCAAGGAACCUCCCCCCGCCCUAUCAACUCCCAGGACAAUUAACUCUACUCAAUCCGGAUCAUGCUGUCUGAACAGAUCAAAUAAAAGCCUUGUGGUUGUUUUUUUAAAAAAAAUGUGGGUGGAGAACGUGCUCGAUCCUAUAAGACUUGCAAGUUGUGGUUAUGGGGUAACAGGACCCCAAAGUCUUUUUACUCCCCUGGCCUGACCUACUGGAUCUGGCUCCUCUUCCAGAGCUGAGGGUGGAAUUCAGAUGUCCUGCUCCUUUCCUGCCGGCUGCUACAAACCUUCCCAGGGAGCACAGCAGUCUUCGGCCAUCCAUAUUUCGUAGCCCUUGUUACUGCGAAGCCUCUGCUGCUGAUUGGCUGGGCUGCCGUGACAGCUCAGAAUGCUCAGCUGCUCAUGGAACAAAGCAGUUUGCUGGGCCGCUGGUCUGGGGGAAGGGGAAUUUGUCAGUUUGGUUGGGGUUUAAACAUCGCACUGAGAGCGGCGAGGAAGAGAGCACGCGAGGGCAGGGGGGCCUUAAGGGCAAGGAAGCUGGAGACAGCAACAAUUACACACACAGCUUGUACAAAAUGUACACACACAAUGCAUUUGCGGGAAGGAAGUGGGCAGGCAGUGUGUGAGAGGUGGGUGCUAGGCCCUGGCUAGAGCAGCGUGGGGGGGCAACGUUUUUCAUGUAUGUCGGGGGCAUGUUAACUUGUCUAAAAUUAGUGGCUCUGGCUGGUGGAACACAUCCUGCAGCCUCUUGUUCACAGGCGAUUGUGGCGUUAAUAAGAAUAAUAAUUUUAUUAUUUAUAUGCCUCCCAUCUGACUGGGUUCCCCCAGCCACUCCGGGUAGCUUCCAACAGAAUAUUAAAACACACACAAAAAAACCCUCAAACAUAUUAAGGCCUAACCCUGUAGUCAAAGACAGUGUGUCUUCUGGGCUUCACCUCUCCCUGGUGUGUGAACAGCUGUGGGUGGCUGGUGGUCAAGGGUUCCUGCCCUCAAGUCGUGAAAUGGCCUGCUAACAUAUUUUCUGUGGUGGGAGGUGUCAAAAGCGAUUGUCUUCCCAUGGCAGGGCCAGUGGUUGGGGCCUCUCACUCGUGAUGUUUGGCCAACCCAGACCAGGAUGAGAUUAGGGUGUUUUGUUUUCACUAGAGGCCCUGUGUCUUUUCAGCUGCACAGCAGACAGAAAUUUAGCAGGCAAAGCUGCCGGGUCUUUGAGUCGGACCACAGGAUCCUGCCUUAGGCCAAGGCAGACCAUUGGUGCAUCUAUCUCAGUACUGUCUACACUAACUGGCAGCAGAUUUUGGGGAUUUUGGACAAAGAUGUUUCUCCUCAUUCUGGAGCUGACAGGGAUUGAACCCAGAGCCUUCUGCAUGCCAAGCAUAUGCUCUGCCAGUCUGACCAGUCUCUGCUUCAACAGGCAGCAGCUCCCCACUGAAUGUGGGACAGAACUCCAUGCAAAAUAUGUGCCUUGAACCUCUCCGCUUCCCCCAGCAAUACUUCUCUGCGGUAGGAGCAGCUCCAUCUAUUGAAUGUUCACUUAGUCGUAAAGGGAUCCCUGACCAUUAGGUCCAAUCGUG